AUGAAGCUUUUGGUAAUAAAUUUUUCGGUAAUAAAUAUUUUGCUGCUUAUAUCAUGCUUACUCUCUGUUACCACUGGUCUUCCAGCACUGAUGAGCGAUAAAAAUGAAGACUAUGGUCUGAUGAAAAGAAGUUCAUCACCCUCAUGCUGUAAAAUUACAAACGGUUGUCCCAAUCUAGAUUUCUCUUGGAGAACAAAUCAGCAGGGAAUUAUGCCAUAUACUCUCAGCGUCGUUGGAGUUCAAUGGCGUGGAGGUAACGUUUAUGACUUAACUAUCCAUGUGAAAGGUAGAGAGAGUAUACCAAUAAAUACACUAUGGGGCCUCCAAAUCAAUGGAAUCAAUGGGCCCACUAGGAACAUAGUGUUAUACAGUCUUAAUACAUCACCCCCCACUAGACUAAUCACAGAUCCUACGGAUUACACUGUAACUUUUCAGGUAUUCGCGAAUGCUGAUAGUUCUGGAAGGGUUUGGAUGCCAAAUUUUCAGUUCCAUUACGAGUAUUGUCAAAGUACCGCUUACCAAUAUUGUCAAAACAAAUGGAAAUGGGGAACAUCCACUUUUGACAUGAAUAUGGGAUGUAAUAACUAUGAUAAUCAAGGGCACUCACAAACGAAUAUGCCGGGAUUCUAUUGGCUAGCAAAUUGCCAAGAUGAGAGUGCCUGCCUCACAACUUCAACAAACACAUACAGUACACUUUCAACAAACAGCGUUGGUUCAGAUGGCAAAUCAACGCCACUAGUUGUGUAUCAAGUUCAGACCCCAACUGUUGAUCCAAUCACCAGCACAUCAUUCACAGCGUACCAUGGAAAGGCUACUUCCACUGUCGGCACAACAACCCAAUUCUCCGUUGGUUCCGACAGCUUGACCACACCAUAUGUGAUCUACACAGUGCAAACACCAACUGUUGAUCCAAUCACCAGCACAUCAUUCACAGCGUACCAUGGAAAGGCUACUUCCACUGUCGGCACCACAACCGAGUAUUCUAUCGGUUCCGACAGCUUGACCACCCCAUAUGUGAUUUAUACGGUGCAAACACCAACUGUUGAUCCAAUCACCAGCACAUCAUUCACAGCGUACCAUGGAAAGGCUACUUCCACUGUCGGCACAACAACCCAAUUCUCCGUUGGUUCCGACAGCUUGACCACCCCAUAUGUGAUCUACACAGUGCAAACACCAACUGUUGACCCAAUCACCAGCACAUCAUUCACAGCGUACCAUGGAAAGGCUACUUCCACUGUCGGCACAACAACCGAGUAUUCUAUCGGUUCCGACAGCUUGACCACCCCAUAUGUGAUCUACACAGUGCAAACACCAACUGUUGAUCCAAUCACCAGCACAUCAUUUACUGCGUACCAUGGAAAGGCUACUUCCACUGUCGGCACAACAACCCAAUUCUCCGUUGGUUCCGACAGCUUGACCACACCAUAUGUGAUCUACACAGUGCAAACACCAACUGUUGAUCCAAUCACCAGCACAUCAUUCACAGCGUACCAUGGAAAGGCUACUUCCACUGUCGGCACCACAACCGAGUAUUCUAUCGGUUCCGACAGCUUGACCACCCCAUAUGUGAUUUAUACGGUGCAAACACCAACUGUUGACCCAAUCACCAGCACAUCAUUCACUGCGUACCAUGGAAAGGCUACUUCCACUGUCGGCACAACAACCGAGUAUUCUAUCGGUUCCGACAGCUUGACCACACCAUAUGUGAUCUACACAGUGCAAACACCAACUGUUGAUCCAAUCACCAGCACAUCAUUCACAGCGUACCAUGGAAAGGCUACUUCCACUGUCGGCACCACAACCGAGUAUUCUAUCGGUUCCGACAGCUUGACCACCCCAUAUGUGAUUUAUACGGUGCAAACACCAACUGUUGAUCCAAUCACCAGCACAUCAUUCACAGCGUACCAUGGAAAGGCUACUUCCACUGUCGGCACAACAACCCAAUUCUCCGUUGGUUCCGACAGCUUGACCACACCAUAUGUGAUCUACACAGUGCAAACACCAACUGUUGAUCCAAUCACCAGCACAUCAUUCACAGCGUACCAUGGAAAGGCUACUUCCACUGUCGGCACCACAACCGAGUAUUCUAUCGGUUCCGACAGCUUGACCACCCCAUAUGUGAUUUAUACGGUGCAAACACCAACUGUUGAUCCAAUCACCAGCACAUCAUUCACAGCGUACCAUGGAAAGGCUACUUCCACUGUCGGCACAACAACCCAAUUCUCCGUUGGUUCCGACAGCUUGACCACCCCAUAUGUGAUCUACACAGUGCAAACACCAACUGUUGACCCAAUCACCAGCACAUCAUUUACUGCGUACCAUGGAAAGGCUACUUCCACUGUCGGCACAACAACCGAGUAUUCUAUCGGUUCCGACAGCUUGACCACCCCAUAUGUGAUCUACACAGUGCAAACACCAACUGUUGAUCCAAUCACCAACACAUCAUUUACUGCGUACCAUGGAAAGGCUACUUCCACUGUCGGCACAACAACCCAAUUCUCCGUUGGUUCCGACAGCUUGACCACACCAUAUGUGAUCUACACAGUGCAAACACCAACUGUUGAUCCAAUCACCAGCACAUCAUUCACUGCGUACCAUGGAAAGGCUACUUCCACUGUCGGCACCACAACCGAGUAUUCUAUCGGUUCCGACAGCUUGACCACCCCAUAUGUGAUCUACACAGUGCAAACACCAACUGUCGAUCUGAUUACUAGUGUCUCACUCACUACAAUCGCGAGCUCAAUUUUGGAGACUAGUUCACACGUAAACAAUUCUGCAACGAACAGUGACUCUAUUUCUAGCGAGAUUCCUCCAAGUCAUUUGUACACAGGUGAAAACGGUACUACCUCAAGCGCAUGCCAUGUGGUUUAUUCAUCAUGGACGGGGAACAUCACUUCCACAUACUCCACAGGAAAAACAAUUGAGACUGGAUCUGCGGGAAUCACCACACUUGCAGAUGUUUAUUAUGUUCUGAUUCCUUCGAGUUCAUCCAGUUACAACACUGGUGUGAUAAGCGCUUCCUCGACUACAGCUGAACCGUUAAAUUCGUCUUCAUCAUACACUAAAAAUGUUUCUUCCACAGCUUAUUUAUCUUCAAGAAAUACAACUUUGGUCAGUUCUUCCACCUUUGCAGGCAACUCUUCAUUGUAUGUGUCUUCUACAGCUACAGUUUCUUCCAGUGAUGCAACUUUGGUCAGUUCUUCCACCUUUGCAGGUAACUCUUCGGUGGACCUAUCUACUACAGCUACAGUUUCUUCAAGUGAUGCAACUUUGGUCAGUUCUUCCACCUUUGCAGGAAACUCUUCGGUGGACCUAUCUACUACAACUACAGUUUCUUCCAGUGAUGCAACUUUGGUCAGUUCUUCCACCUUUGGAGGUAACUCUUCAUUGUACGUGCCCUCUACAGCUACAGUUUCUUCCAGUGAUGCAACUUUGGUCAGUUCUUCCACCUUUGCAGGCAACUCUUCAUUGUACGUGCCCUCUACAGCUACAGUUUCUUCCAGUGAUGCAACUUUGGUCAGUUCUUCCACCUUUGCAGGCAACUCUUCAUUGUACGUGCCCUCUACAGCUACAGUUUCUUCCAGUGAUGCAACUUUGGUCAGUUCUUCCACCUUUGCAGGCAACUCUUCAUUGUACGUGCCCUCUACAGCUACAGUUUCUUCCAGUGAUGCAACUUUGGUCAGUUCUUCCACCUUUGCAGGUAACUCUUCGGCGGACUUAUCUUCUACAGCUACAGUUUCCUCAAUUGAACUUUCUUCAUUGGAAACCUAUACGAAUGAAGAGAGCAUCGCCACAAGUGAACGCCAUGUUGUUUAUUCAUCAUGGACGGGGAAUAUCACUUCCACAUACUCCACAGGGAAAACAAUCGAGACUGGAUCUGCGGGGAUCACCACACUUGCAGAUGUUUAUUAUGUUCUGAUUCCUUCGAGUUUAUCCAGUUACAGCAGUACUCCGAUGAGUAUUUCAUCUGUUGCGGGUGAUAUCUCAGGCCCUUCUUCUUCUUCAAGGAGCACUUUUUCAACUGGUAGCGCAUCUAGCUCUGAUUCUUUCGUCAACGAAUCUGCAUCUAGCGGGUCACCCACUGUCUUAUCUUCAGAUAGUUCGGUCACAGGUAUGCAGUCUUCUACAGUCAAUUCCUCUUUCUCUGAAUCCAUUACAAUCAGCGUUUCACAAGAUUCUGGCUCCUCCGGUAGAGCCAGUUAUUCGUCUGCAACUCUGUCAUACCUCUCAACAGAAUCAUCCAGUUCUUUUAAAUUCAUUACUGUUAGUGCUCCACAAGAGAGCAGCUACUCUAGUGUACUCGCUUCUUUUUCUGAAACUCCAUCAUACUCCUUAUCAGAAUCAUCUUCCUUUCCCAAAGUAUCUUCCACGACAGAAGUUCUGUCAUCAGCUGGAUUAUCAUCUACAAUAGCCUCUUUGCCCUUCGCCUCUUCUUCAGUAGAAUCAAGUUCAAGCUCUUCUUCCACUGGUUUAUCGAGUAAUUAUGCUACAACGGUACUCCCCAGUAUUCAAUCAGUUUCUUUUGCUAGCGGUGUCCCAACCAACAGCAUCGUGGUCACCUCCAGGAGUAGCGCGUCUAUUGAGAACUCUUACGGAGGUACACUUUCGAGUGAAUCUUCACUAGAUGUCACUCACUAUACACCCUGGACAGGGACUUUUACAUCAACAUACUCCACUGGGUAUGAAACGGUAUCGCUAUCAAAUGGGGUGGUCAGAACGUCCACCGUUUAUCUCGUUGAAACACCCCUUGUUUACUACAGAAACACUACUACUGUAGCAGGUGCUUCUUAUUUUAUUGAAAGCGGCACGUCAACUCAAAAAUCUGUCGCUCUCCCUUCUACGGAAAUCCAUUCAUCAGUACAGAGUGUGCCUUCCUCCUCUGCCAUAGCCUUACAAUCAAAGUCAUAUGGUAGUGACAGCACAACUCUCGGAAGCAGUUCAUUGGGAGAAUCCAGAAUUGUCACGAAUACGAUCCUAUCAAGGAGCAUUUUGACUGAGGUAACUCCGACUUUGAGUAGCACUCCAACUCAGACCAAUUUGUUGAGCUCAAGUAGUUUAUCAUCAGAAUCUCAGCAAGGAGCCACAGACCAAUCUUCUCCAAGCUCUCUUCUUGUUUCAAGCUUUCCAACACCUGCCGACCCAUCUACAGCAAACACAUUAUCAUUUGAAACCUCCAAAGUUACUUCAGUUUUGCUCAUCUCAAGUUCAUCACUAACAGAUGCUUCUCAAGUAGCCUCAUCUGUCUCCUCUUCAACAGCAACUUCAUUGGAAACAUCACAAGGAGGUCCAACUGCAUCGUUUUCAAGUGUGUCAUCACUGGAAACAUCAGAAAUAACUACACUGUCACAUUCUUUGACUACCUCACUAAUGGAUGCUUCUCAAGUGACCUCAUCUGUCUCCUCUUCAACAGCAACCUCAUUGGAAACAUCAGAAACAACUACACUGUCACAUUCUUUGGCUACCUCACUAACGGAUGCUUCUCAAGGGACCUCAUCUGUCUCCUCUUCAACAGCAACUUCAUUAGAAACAUCACAAGGAGGUCCAACUGCAUCGUUUUCAAGUGUGUCAUCACUGGAAACAUCAGAAAUAACUACACUGUCACAUUCUUUGACUACCUCACUAAUGGAUGCUUCUCAAGUGACCUCAUCUGUCUCCUCUUCAACAGCAACCUCAUUGGAAAAAUCAGAAACAACUACACUGUCACAUUCUUUGGCUACCUCACUAACGGAUGCUUCUCAAGGGACCUCAUCUGUCUCCUCUUCAACAGCAACUUCAUUAGAAACAUCACAAAGAGGUCCAACUGCAUCGUUUUCAAGUGUGUCAUCACUGGAAACAUCAGAAAUAACUACACUGUCACAUUCUUUGACUACCUCACUAAUGGAUGCUUCUCAAGUGACCUCAUCUGUCUCCUCUUCAACAGCAACCUCAUUGGAAAAAUCAGAAACAACUACACUGUCACAUUCUUUGGCUACCUCACUAACGGAUGCUUCACAAGUGACCUCUUCUAUUCCCUCUUCGGUGAUGCCUUCAUUGGAAACUUCUCGGGCUACUCGAAAUUCACCAUCUAAGACUUCAUCUGUAUCAACCCAGUGCAAUACACUAAAUGGAGCUCGUUCAACUUCUUCUCCAGCUGGACGCUCGCAGGAGCAUCCAGACUUGACGUCUUCGGGCGGCUCAUCAAUGCAAUCUGCACAUCCAUCGCAAACAUUAGUUUCAUUAAGUGGUUUGUUAGUCGAAGCAUCUCAAUCUAAUCAAGUUUCUCACACGACUUCAAUUCCAGUGACGACAGGAGACUCAUCCUCUGCAACAAUUUCAACUACGUCUACAUUAAAUCCUACUUCUAAGCCAACAGAAUCAGGUACUAAGACGUACUCGAACACCGAGCAUAGUUCUUUUAGCGCCGAGACAGCUGGCGUCAACACUUCAUUUGAUCAUCUAUCUCUACAAAUAUCAAGUCAAAACGGAUUAAAUUACGAAACCACUACACUUGCAUCACAAGUACACUCAACGAGUUCAGGUUUUAAUCCAUUAACUACAUCUCAUUCAAUAUCGAACCCAAUUACUUCUCAAUAUGAAGGGUCGGCGGCUACUAAAAGGGUUGGCUCGCUAUUCUUCUUAUUCGCUGCAAUUCCAUUAGCAUUCUUCUGA